UAUCAGGAAGUCAAAAUGUAUAUCCCCAACCAUUUCAUCAGUAUCAAACAUAAAUUACAAAUCAUCUAUGAUGGUCGAAUACCCACAAUUUAUCACAGAAGCGCCUAAAAAUGCAGCAAUACAUUUUGGACAUUUUUAUGGUCUUUGGAAUGAUGUAGAAAAAGUAUAUUCCAAUAAUCAAUGGAAUAAUGAUUUUACAAAAGAAAAAACAGCGAUGAUUAAGAGACCACAUCGAUUAGAGUUUACUAGGCAAAUGGUACAUAGAUUGGAAAAAGCAACUAACAUGAAAGAUUACAUGCGACAAGUAUCGGUUCUUUUAAAGAAGACAGUAGAGCCACCCAACUUUAAAUUGAAUCAACUUCCACCUAAAAAUUCAAUUCCUAACGGAACUCAAAGUUCUUCGGAUUAUCCACUCUGGUACAAGGAGCCUUAUAAGCUAUCAUUAGUAUUCUCAAAUCCUAUUGCUCAACUAAAAGCAUAA